AUGCCGUCCUCCCACCGUCUCGGCAAAAAAGAGCGACGAUCUCGGUUCAACCAAACUACCGUGACGAAGCCUCCGGAUCUCGGCGGUCGUAUUAUGUGGCUGCCCAAACUCAACCAGCUGAGCACUUCGAGCGGACUUCCGGACAUGUGCCAUGAUCACCCAGUCAUUGUCUUAUCCCCAAGGCCGCUGCCUAAUGACGAGGUCGUUAUCCUGAUGAUUACCUCCUUUGGCGGAAAAGACCUCCUAAGACGGCACCGGCACGACUACGAAAGACCGAAAAGGGCCAACUACCUUCCCAUUGACCCAUCGCCUGUUCAUCCCGACGACCCAGAUAAGAAUGUCGUGCUAAAACUUGGUGGCGGUGCAGUUUUAAGGAAGAACUCGUGGGUGAAUACUGCGACACAGCACCGGGUCGCCAUUUCCCUGUUGAGAAACUAUGACUGGUGGAAGACUGAGAAGAAAUUCGUGCUUACGCCGGAGUCCUACAAGGUGUUGACAAACUUCGUCAGGUUUCGGGCUCCUGAUGAUGUUGUCGCUGGGUCGUCUGGGACACCGGAACCGGAACCCGGACCGGCCGUGGCACAGAGAGCCACGCCCCCGUUGACCCCUCAAAUCAGACCGGUAGUCGUCCCUGAGCCAGCCCCGGAACCGGUGACUCGGUCACCGGAUGUUCUUGAGCCAGCAACGGCAAACGACUCGGACUCGGACACCACUAUCGUCGCAGAGAACUACUGGGAGGCGGAGAUGAGACGUCUACGGGAUCAAACCUUGAGCCAGCGGUUCACCAUCAUCAGAGAGGACAACGACUCGAAUCCAUCCGUCUUCAUGGGGGCUCACCGGGCCUCGUACACCACGUCUGCUUCCGAACAAAACCGGCAGCAACCUCCCCGUCCUGUAUUACAGUUGCAGGACAACGAACAAUCAUCUCUCCUCCGUCCACAGACUCAAUCGACCGCACCCAGCCCGCGAACAAAACCGCAAGCACUGAUUCCAGCAACAAGAACAGGAUAUGGAACCAUAUCAUCGUCAUCCCGCCCUUCACAAGUCCGUACCGAUAGAGCACAAGAACUCUCCUGUUCCCAAUUACGGGAUCUGCUCACAGCCGCAGCAACGGCCCGUGUCCAGGCCUGCGCCCGAGCCGCUGCCGAGCUCCCUAAACUCGAACGAGAGAGACCAUGGCAUACGUGGUUCUCCCGGCUAGGCUUGCCGUUCCGAUUUGACUUCGUCUUCUUUGGUACUUCGUCUACGCAUGCGCAGGCUCGCGCUCGCGCUUAUGCUCAAAAUAUUUCCGUUGCUCGUGAUCAGGCUGGCUUGGGUCCAGGUCCAGACACUGAAAGAGUGGUUGAAGGAAGGCUCAUGUAUACCGGUCUUACGAGGGCUCAAAGACGUGAGUUGGAGGCCGAAGGAAAUGCUGGGCCGGCGUAUGAAUAUGCCCGUAUCGCUCCUUCGGAGGGACAUGGCAAGGGAAAAGGGAGGUUGUCGAUGCUUGCGAAGGGCGUUCUUGUAUUUGUGAUAUUGUUGAUCCAGGCGACCUUGUUGGCGGCGGUGUUAUGGAGUGUGGUGCGCUUUGGGGUCGAUAAGGCGGUUAUCGAAUGGGUUGCGAAGGCGGCUGGUAAGGUGGUCGGGGCUUGGGAAGCUUUCGUUUAUGGAUUUUGGGUGGUUGUUGACUUUGUUGUGCAACUUGUUAUUGGUCUACUGUACUUGGCUUUCAUCAUUGCCUGCUUGGGUUUUUGCAUGGGUGGAUGA